AUGACUUUCUUUGACGAAGUUCGUAGGGGACUAGUAGUCCAGUUUAUCAUCGUAACCUACAGUCAGCUAACUAAUCAUCAUGACUCCCAGGAUUCGUAUCGCCUUCCGGAGGGCAUAAAGCGGAUUGGAUAUGAUGCUGAUACCCAGCAGUACAUUUUCCGUGACCGCUCCGGUCAACUUUACCAGAAUCCUUCAGGAGAGACGUAUGGUGUUCUGAGACCUGUGUCAGCACCUGCCACCCCUCGUCGCAAACGCAAAGACCCUGCCCUCAUCCGUGCCCGCUCUGUCAAGCGCCCCGCAAAGACUUUCGACGACUUCCUUCCCCGAGAAUACAUCACUAACGCAAAGCAGUCCAGUUCUGCCCCCGACUCUCCCAACGAAGCUAUCACGCGGGCGAACAGGAAUCGUGCGCUACCAAAGAUCCCAAAAAUUGGGGAGGUCAUACGUUCCCGGGCCAUUUCACCUCGCGAGUCGGUAGAUGAAGAAAAACGCUACUUACUCGACGAUUGCUCUGCCAGUCCCACCUCAUAUGCGACUCAUGAUGACGAGAAGGAGUUGAAUCGCUCAAAUUCUCAAGCGUCUUCUAUGUUGUCAUUGCCUAUUAUCGAUACGCAUAUUAAUUUAUCUGGUUUCAUAUGA